GCGGGAAGCCAAACACAAAUUGGCGAAUGCGCCUGUGGGUAAGGGCUAUCCCUUUCGCCCGAGUCUCAAUGCCGCUUAACCCGCACGCUACUCCGUUUGUCAUCAAGGGCUCAGGUGGUGGUGCAGCUGCUGAUGAUGGUGGGAAAGUUAGGGGCAUAUCCUCCUCCUCUCCUCCUCCCAAGAUUUUCUGCGAUCUCGAUGGUUGCUUGGUUGAUUUCGAGAAAGGUUGCCAGGCGGUGAUGGGAGAGACCCCUGACAAGCUUCGCCCCAAGGCCAUGUGGGGAGGGCUCGCUCGAGCCAGGGGCUUCUACGAGCACUUGGAUUGGAUGCCGGACGGACGAGAGUUGUGGGACGGCGUGGCUCACCUUCAACCAACUAUUCUCACGGGGCUACCGAUGGGAAACUGGGCGGAGCCACAGAAGCGAAACUGGUGCAAACGAGAGCUUGGCGAACACGUACCUGUGAUCACUUGCAUGUCAAGGGAUAAGCACAUCUACUGCCGCCCCGGCAAUAUCCUCAUCGAUGACAGAGAGUCGCUGGAGGCUGCCUGGCAGCGAGCUGGGGGUGUCUUCAUUCAUCACACCGCUGCGACCUCGUCCUUGGAGAAGUUGAAGGUAAUCCUGCCAGCUGAGGAAGAGACUGCCAGCGGUGAUCAAGGAAAGGUCAAGCGCCAGAAGAAAGGAUAGCUUCAAAGUGCGCUUUCUCAGGGGGCAGGAUGGGGAAUGGUUGUGUCUGUUUUGUAUAUUGGGCGAUCGGCUACGUACGUAUCGAAUGUUGGUUGUUGCUCGCUGUUUUCUCGCGUUCUCUUGUGUGUUCUCAUAUGUUGCGCGUCAUUGGGGUGUUGGCCUCGCAGUGUUUUUUUUCGCCCAGUUUACACGCGGAUGUCAGUCACUAGCAUUUCCUGGAAAUUUUCGACAGUAGUUCCCACGAGAGAAGCAGGUCGCUGCUUUGCACGUAGUCCCCUCUGGUGGAGAUGUUUUCGGCUACGGAUCGUUCUUCUUCACUGAACUCUUCUGCACGGCAAAAGAAAAAUGGAGGGAGGAGAUAUGCGGCGGACUUAAUCGAAGUCCGAAAGUAAGUGCCGCUGCGUCUCGUUCCCCUCCCGCAGUUCAAUCAGCGUCCUGGUGUGAUUUUCAACGAGCAUGGACGGAUAUCCCCUGCAUCAAAGGGACACGUGGCC